AUGCCUCGCACGCGUGAUACCCGCCAGCCGGUAGAGGAAGUGGUCGAUGGAAUGCAUGGUGUUGCCUCGCAGGUGCACGUCAAUGUAAACGAAGCGGCACAGAAUGCUCAGAAGACCAUCUCGGACGCCGCGGCGACCAUGCAGAACGCCCCCGACGCCGCCCAGAAUGGCGUGCAGAACGCAAUGAGCACGGUGCAGUCCUACGUGCAUGAGGGGCAGCGGUUCGCUUCGGAGCACAAGGCGCAGCUGCAGGAGGCUGUAAAGAAGGCUGUGAAUGCCGCGCACGGGUACGUCGAAGAUGCCCGGAAGAAGGCUGACCCGUACGUGGAGAGCGCGAAGGCGAAAGUGGAUUCGGCCAGGGCCUCCGUCGAGAACGCGCGCCACUCUGCUCAGAACGCUGUGGACAACGCCAAGGAGCAGGUGACCGCUGUGCGCACCAAGGUGACGGUCAAGACGCAGCCGUACGUGAGCAACUACCAAGAGUUCGAUGUCACCAAGACGGCGGCCUUUCAUGUGCUCACCCACGUCAUCAGCGGCUUGCUGUACAUAGUCUGGCGCUUGACACAGUUGAUUCCGUCGGCUCAGCACAUGAUUACCGUCAUUCAAAAAAAGGAGGCGGAUGCGGCGGUGGCGCAGAACUGUGCGACGGUGAUGCAGAAAGUGCCGGUUGUGGGCCCGCGAGCUGUCGAGGUGGCCACGAUCGCUUUCAACAACGUGUGCACUGACCUCAACGAGCAGAUUUCGCAAUACGCCACUGCGACGCAGCGUCCGAAGACUGCGUAG